CUGAAGAUUUAACGUUAUCCAAAUCCUAUCAAUACUAGGUUUUUAAGAGUCCAUGUUUAAUAAUCCAUCUGCAUGCAUAUAUUAUAAAUAACACCUUCUCCCCCAACACAAUAUUUUCUAUACUAAAAACAAAACAAAAAAACAAUGGGUUUCUUCAAUAUAUUAAUAUUAGCAGUCAUUUUAUUCACAACUUUCAGUUUUCCUGUUAACGCUACCGAUGUUUCGUACGAUGGAAGAGCCAUCAAAAUCGACGGCCAACGACGAAUCAUCAUUUCCGGUUCCAUUCACUAUCCUCGUAGCACUCCCGAGAUGUGGCCAUCUUUGAUCAAGAAAGCAAAGGAAGGAGGUCUUAACGCAAUCGAGACUUACGUGUUUUGGAAUGCUCACGAGCCGCUUUAUCGACAGUAUGAUUUUUCUGGAAAUUUGGACCUUGUCAAGUUCAUGAAGCUAAUUCAAGAUGAAGGGCUUUACGCGAUCUUGAGAAUCGGGCCGUACGUUUGUGCCGAAUGGAACUAUGGAGGGUUUCCUGUUUGGUUGAAUAGUUUCAACAACAUGACUUUCAGAACCGAAAAUGAUGCAUUCAUGAGUGAAAUGAAGACAUUCACAACCAUGAUUGUGGACAAGGUGAAACAAGCAAAUCUUUUCGCUUCUGAAGGCGGCCCGAUUAUACUUGCUCAGAUCGAAAACGAGUACGGAAACAUAAUUAGUUCGUAUGGUAACGAAGGAAAAUCGUAUAUUAAUUGGUGUGCGAAUUUCGCCGAAUCUUUGAAAAUCGGUGUCCCUUGGAUCAUGUGUCAAGAAUCUGAUGCUCCACAAUCAAUGAUUAACACAUGCAAUGGGUGGUACUGUGAUCAAUUCUGGCCUCAUCAAAAUAAGCCAAAGCUUUGGACUGAGAACUGGAGUGGCUGGUUUAAGAACUGGGGUGGCAAAGAUCCUCACAGAACUGCAGAGGAUCUUUCGUUCGCAGUCGCACGAUUCUAUCAGUACGGCGGCACGUUGCAGAACUAUUACAUGUAUCAUGGCGGAACAAACUUCGGUCGAACUGCCGGUGGACCGUACAUUGCCACGUCAUACGAUUACGACGCCCCCAUCGAUGAAUACGGGAAUCUAAACCAACCUAAAUGGGGACAUUUAAAGAAGCUACAUUCCCUACUUAUGUCAAUGGAAAAGAUUCUAACUUACGGACAAUACACGAACACCGACUACGGCCGAAUGAUGUCUUCGACGGUGUAUAGUUUAAAUGGGACAAGGGUAUGUUUCUUAGGCAAUGCAAAUAACAAAGAUGACAUCACAAUCAAUUUCGAAGGCAGGAAAUAUACCGUGCCCGCUUGGUCCGUCAGCAUUCUUCCCGAUUGUGUCACCGAAGUUUACAACACGGCCCGAGUUAAUACUCAAACGUCGGUGAUGGUAAAGGAACUACCGGCAGAAGCCGAGGAAAAACGUCACUACGAUUUCGAGUGGCAAUGGAGAGCAGAGCAUUUCGAACACUUGAAAACCUCGUUGAAUAAAAGUAGCCCUCUUAAAGGUGUAACUUACGCCAAUCAACUCCUCGAUCAAAAAAUCGUUACUAACGAUACAAGUGAUUAUCUUUGGUACAUGACUAGUGUGGAUGUAAAUGAAGAUGAUCCUAUUUGGGGCGAAGAGGUUACUUUAAGAGUUAACUGCGACUGCCAUGUACUUCACGCGUUUUUCAACGGCAAGCAUAUCGGAACUAAGUGGGUGAAAAACGGGCAGUACAGCUUUGUGUUUGAGGAAAGUGCUAAGCUCAAACGAGGGACUAACUCGAUUUCGUUGCUCAGCGUCACAGUUGGACUCCAAAAUUACGGAGCUUACAUCGACAAAGUAAAAAACGGAAUCCUAGGCCCCGUAAAACUAGUAGCACCAAACAGCAUAGAGAAGGAUCUUUCGACAAACGAAUGGGCGUACAAGGUUGGAUUGAACGGUAUCGAAAGAGGUCUUCAAAAUAUCGACACUAAGUACAAGCGCGAAUGGCAUUCUAAUAUCCCGUUCAACCGAAUGUUUGUUUGGUACAAGACAAGCUUUAGAACUCCGAAAGGAAAAGACGCCGUCGUUUUGGAUUUAUGGGGAUUAGGAAAAGGAAGUGCUUGGGUGAACGGACAUAAUAUCGGAAGAUAUUGGCCGAGCUAUCUCGCAGACGAAAAUGGCUGCGUUUCUUCGUGCGAUUAUAGAGGAGACUACACCGGUUCGAAAUGCUUGACUAAUUGUGGAAAUUCUUCACAAAGAUGGUACCAUGUGCCUCGAUCGUUCUUGAACGAGGAAGAAGAUAAUACGUUGGUUCUGUUUGAGGAAUUUGGAGGGAAUCCAACCCAUAUAAGUGUACGAACCGUGACAGUUGGCAAAGCGGUUGCACAUGCUUACGAAGGGAAUCGUUUGGAACUUUCUUGCGAUGGGAGUCGAGUUAUAUCGAAAAUCAACUUUGCUAGUUUCGGUAAUCCAACCAGUAAAGGCAGCUGCCACUCUCCCAACAGUUUAUCUGUCGUCGAAAAGGCAUGCAUUGGCAAAGAAAGUUGUUCAAUUGAGGUAUCAGAGAAAACUUUUGGAGCAAGUGGAUGUGGUAAAUCCCAGAUGAAGAGGCUUGCUGUUGAAGUUGAAUGCUAGAGUUAU